CCAACAAUUUUGCAACAGCUUUACAUAAACGCGUGUCGGACAGGGGUCUGGAGUUAGCGGAGGCGGUCGACACGUAGGCUUCGUGCAUUUCAUUAAGGACAACUCAAUCUAAAGUGUAAAGGCUAGAACCUAUAGGUGGCAACAAAAAUAUCAGUCCGCUUUUCUUUUCUCAGUUGGCUCCUUCAUAGCAAUCUGAACGGCACGUUUGGCCCAUUUGUGUUAUUGUAUAUGAAGCAAAUACAAACUCUCGGUCGCAUACUAGCUCCCACUUCAAAUUCUAUCCUUGCUGCAUCAACGUAAGAGGAGGAAAUUGCACAGUCGUCGUACUCUUCAGAUUAGUCCAGAAAAUCUGCACAGGAUAUUUUAUUCCUGACAAAAGAGAGAUUGUUAUAAGAACCACCAGGUGGUUGCUUAAUCUUGCAAGUUAGAUCAACAAUGGAGUAUCAGUCAGCUGAAGUUUUGCAUGAUAAAAGUGGAACAUGUACAAGAAGUAAAGUAUCCCAAUCUAAAAAUACUAAGGUCGAUUUGGAAGGUGUUCCAAAAUUAUCCAUCCCCAAAUCUCAAAUAAACAAUGAAAAACUUAAAUUAGGUGAUCAGGACUGCAGGGAGUUUUUUUCACAAGGUGCACUUCUGGGAGAUGUUGGUAUCUCUGGGGAUGUAAAUAUGGAGGCCACAAUAACACCUGAUGAUGUUAUUCGCGCUGGGGGUUUUGGGGCAAGAGAUGAUAUAAGUAGUUUUCUUCCUGUUGCUAGUGAUUCAACUGAUUUUGAAGCUUCAAUCCGUGAUGCCCAAGAGUAUGAGCAACUACAGGAAGAAAUACGCAGGCCAGGUCUAGGCUGGACAGAGAAAUCAGGGAAACAGUAGCCUUGUCUGUAUCUUACUAAGUGAGUCACUGGCAUCAUCUCUUUUUUCUUUUUAUUUUUAUUUUUUUUUCAAGAUAUCUCCUUCUUUUAGGACAUGAUGAUUUCUUCUAACAUGUUAUUAUAUGGUUGGACUGAGGAAUUUCAGGUUUUGAAUAGCAUUGCCUUGUAUCUUUAAAAGAUCUGGAAAUUAUUUAGUCUAUGAAAGUAAAAGAAAAUAACUACA